AAAAAGAGGAAAAAAAAAAUGGUCGAGACACCAGCCAGCCAGCAGGAGGGAAUUAGGCAAUUGAGGGGAGGCAGGGAAGGAGGGAGGCAGGCCGCUUCUUCUUCUCGAGUUCUACUUACCGACCUCGUACAGUACAGAUAGAUAGAUAGCUGUGUAUAGUAUAAUUUCAUGAUCUAAUAGGGGAAUACGGAGAAACCCUAAAAGUCAAUCUUCUUUCUUUGUUCCAGAAUAAUACUACUAGUGGUCUUUAGGACAAUCCUCGUGAUCGGUGUGAGAUUCCAGACCCCAAAUCCACGGUCUCCCCUCGCUUUCCUUCCCUCUCCGCUUUCGCUUCCCUUCCCGCAUAGAGAAGAAGAGGAAGAGCGCAAAAGAGAAGGGAAGAGAAGAGAAGAAGAGAGAGAGGAUUAAGAGCAACAAAUAGUAGUGUAUUAUUGAGAUAUAAGAAGGAUGGACGACAGCUGUGCAGUGUGCGCCGAGAGCCUGGAAUGGGUGGCCUACGGAGCAUGCGGACACAAGGAUGUGUGCUCGACCUGCGUUGUUCGCCUGCGCUUCAUCUGCCACGAUCGCCGCUGCUGUAUUUGCAAGACCACCUCCGAUUUCAUCUUCGUCACCAAGGCUUUGGGAGAUUAUACUCGGAUGAUCAACGACUUUUCAGCCUUUCCUUCUGAGCCGAAGGAGGGUCGACUUGGCUCCUUUUGGUACCACGAGGACACCCAGGCUUUCUUCGAUGAUGUGGACCACUAUAAGAUGAUCAAGGCCAUGUGCAGGCUUUCUUGCAGCGUCUGUGAUGCCAAAAUGUUGGACGAGCUGCCCAACAAUGACGCAUCCAGGAGAAGGCCUAGAUUUCGGAGUAUUGAACAGCUUAAGGGCCAUCUGUUUCACCAGCAUAGGUUGGUUAUGUGCAGCUUGUGUUUAGAAGGAAGGAAGGUGUUUAUUUGUGAGCAAAAACUAUAUACUAGAGCACAACUGGAUCAGCAUAUAAGCACUGGUGAUUCUGAGGUGGAUGGAAGUGAAAGUGAAAGAGGUGGAUUCAUGGGGCAUCCAAUGUGUGAAUUCUGUCGAACUCCGUUCUAUGGAGAUAAUGAGUUGUAUUCACACAUGUCUACUGAACACUAUACCUGUCAUAUUUGUCAAAGGCAGCAUCCUGGACAAUAUGAAUACUACAAGAAUUACGAUGAUUUGGAGAUCCAUUUCCGUCGGGAUCAUUUCUUGUGUGAGGAUGAAGCCUGCCUUGAAAAAUUUAUUGUCUUUCAAUCUGAAGCUGAACUGAAGAGGCACAACACAUUAGAGCAUGGAGGACGUAUGUCUCGUUCCAAGCGUAAUGCUGCACUUCAGUUGCCAACUAGUUUUCGAUAUCGACGGAGUAAUGAACAGGAGAAUCGUCGUGGAAGGGGGCGUACAUUUCGGCGUGAUACUUCUGAAACUGACCUCUCUUUGGCCAUCCAAGCCAGUCUCGAGGCAUCUAAUUUGGAUGGCAGAAUUCCAAAUGCUACAUCGUCCAGCGGGAGGGCAUCUGCUUCAGGAGAAAUAAGUGAUGUUGAUCCACUUAUUUCACCUCUAGAAUCAUUAGCUACGACAGAUUCUGAGCAAUCUUCACGAUAUCGUGAGGCCUUGUCGCAGAACUGGAAUGCACCACUUGAAGUGUCUUCAUUUCCCCUUCCCAUGGCUCCUGGUAGCAGUCAGCUGAAGUCGCAACAAGAUGCUUCAAUGAAGAAAAGUAUGGCAGCCCAUCUACGGGUUAAGAACUUAACAAAAAGCUUUCCAAGGUCAUCACCAGCUUGGCCAAUGGCACGGAGUAAACCUGUAUCAGCAGCAGUUUCUCCACAGCUUACUCCAAAUACUGCACCUGGGUUAGCUCUAGUUCUGGCCUUAAUAAGCUGGCUGCAGAUGAUGUCGUGCAUUCCAGCCACAGAAAAUGGACCUUCAUUAUCUACCUAUUCAAGCUCUCUUAUGGCUCGACCUCCAAUGGCUAGUGACACAUAUUCAUCAAAGAACAGGGCAGCUCCGGUAAAAUUAGUUAUUCAGCGUCAGCACCAAACCUUGUUCAUGAGUGGAGCUUUUGACUCUCUAGCUACUGAUUUUCCUCCAGUUUCGGCCACGCAGGUAGGGAAGUUGCCCACUGGUAGCCAAGUCAUCACCAAUGUAGAAGAUGUUCAUAGUGCAAACAAAUCUUUAGUGGAAAGGAUACGCGUUGCUUUGGACUUGAAUCAGGACAAAUUCUCUGCUUUCAAAGACAUAUCUGCAGAAUAUCGUCAAGGUUUAAUAGAUGCAGAGACAUAUCUUGUAUAUGUGGAGCAGUUUGGCUUGACACAUCUUCUUGUUGAGUUGGCUCAACUCUGUCCAGAUGCUCGCAAGCAGAAAGAGUUGAUUGAGACAUACAAUACUAAUAUGGUAAGUGAUUCCACAAAAGAGAACAGAAGAAGUGCCUUCCAUCCCAAAGAUGUUAAUCGUUCAAAGAAAGGAAAAGAUAAGGCUGUCGAUGCUGGAAAUAAUACUGCAAAGGAUAAUUUAGCUGACAGCAUCAUCAGUACAGUAAGGGAACUUCAGUCAAGCUACAAGCCUUCAGAAGAAGUUGAAGUGUUAUCAAAGGAUGGUUAUCGAGCUGCCAAGGGAAAAUCAAAAAUAGCAGUUGAUGAAUCUCAAGGACAACUAUCUUCAACUGGUGAAUCUGCUAUUCCCAAGGGCCAAACUGACUUGCCUGGAUCUAUUAAAAAAAAAGUGGAAAAAGAUGGAAGAAGUAAACAACGGAAGAAAACAUCAAAGUUCCACAGGAUCCGCUUAGGCGAUGGCUCUGCAGCAGCAAUUUUGGACCUUAAAAAUCCAAAUUCUGAUCAAGAUCCAGAUCCAGAUUUGUCUGAGGCUGCUUCAGGAGGGCAAAAUCAUUUUACUGAAGGUGUGCCUGGUCGGGGUGUUUGGCGUGACGGUGGUGGACAGAAGCUUUUUGCAAUGACUUCAAGACAGCCGAAGAAGUAAUGAAAAGGAGGUAGCUGCUGAUGAUUCAGUUGAAAUUUAGUUGUGGAGAACUGAAUCUAUGAUUAAUUUCCUUUUGAUAUGAUAUGUGCUGGGAUUCUACACAGAUAUCUAGGGCAUUUUAUGCAGCAUUUUAAUGAUACAUGGUAACAGUUUUUUUUGGGGAGCGAGUGAGUUCUUCAAUCAGAUUUUGCAUGUUUGGGUUAUUAUAGGUACAUUUUCUUGCCCCUUUUUAAGUUCCAAGAGAGAGUGUAUCAUGUUCUCAGUUGCUUGCAAUUUUGGCCUCAAACCUUGUAGUAGGGUGCAGCUGAAGUAUAUUUGGCAAGUAACAAACAUGGUGAUUUUCUGAAUUGUAUAGGCAAAUUGGAACCUCAUUUUAAAGAUUUUCUUUUUGUGAAAUGAAUUUGGGUGGUCUACCUGUUGCGCGCAA